CGCGCGCCCCGCCGGCACCUGCGGCCUCAGGUGCGUCGUCUGAGGUGGUCUGAGGGGCUCCCUCGCCUCCGGCGCCGGACACUCGGGCCUCUGUCGGGUUUCGCCGAGGUCCCAGGAGGGGAGGGGGACGGUGGGACCCUGGGCAGCUUUGAGCGGGCGGCGGACCCCGUCUGCAGUCGUCCCCCUCGGGGGGCAGUGGGACCUCCAGGCUCCCCGGCGCCGGCUGCGGGGCGAUGCCCGGGCCCGGUGCCCGCAGCGGACAUGGACGAGGCCCCUCUGCUGGGCGGCAUGUCCGGCCCCGAGGACGAGAUGGUGACGGACCUUUUCGGCGCCGAGAGUCAGUUUGUUUCCGAAAACCUCCCCCUGAAAACCGCGGGGGCGGCGAAGCACGAGGACGACGAGUUCCACGUCUUUAAAGACGCGUACCUGGGCGCGGCGGACCCCAGAGAGCCCCUGCUGCGCGCGUUCAACCCCCCGCUCGGCGGGGACGGCAGGAAUCCGGGCAAAGCGGAGCUGCGGGUGGACGAGGCCGAGGCCCAGGACCUGCUCGGGGAGUACCCGAGCCUCCCCGAGCUCCAGCCGCUGGAGGACGCCGUCCUGCCCGCCGCCCCGCAGCCGCCCCCCGCCUACAACGUCCACUUCCUGUCCUCCCUGCUGACCCCGCACCGGAGUCCUGCCGUCGUGCCCCUGGGCGCCUGGGCCAGGGAGGGGGCCGCCCAGCCCGCUGUCCGCGUGAUUCCGGUUGAAAUAAAGGAAGCAGGUGCUGCUAUUACAAGUAACAAUCUGGAAGAAGCAACUUUUCAGAACCCUCUUGCCCAGGAGUCCUGUUCCAAGUUCCCAUCAUCACAAGAAGCAGAGGAUGCCUCUGUCUGUUCUCAUAAGAAAGACUCUAACCCAAUGCUUGAUAACGGAGCCUUACCACCUGUAGUCAACGGGUCAGCUUUCCCCUCGGGAUCAACUCUUCCAGGACCACCAAAAAUAACUUUGGCUGGGUACUGUGACUGCUUUGCUAGUGGGGACUUUUGCAACAAUUGCAAUUGUAAUAAUUGUUGCAACAAUUUACGUCAUGAAAUCGAGCGGUUUAAGGCCAUUAAGGCAUGUCUUGAUAGGAACCCGGAAGCUUUCCAACCAAAAAUUGGGAAAGGAAAGUUGGGAGACGUUAAACCUCGACACAACAAAGGCUGUAACUGCAAGAGGUCGGGCUGCCUUAAGAACUACUGUGAAUGCUAUGAGGCCAAGAUCAUGUGUUCUUCUAUUUGCAAAUGCAUUGGUUGCAAAAAUUACGAGGAAAGCCCUGAACGAAAAACGCUAAUGAACCUGCCAAACUACGUGGACAUUGGAGGUUUUGAAGGCGGCCAUCGUUUGUCCCCGACUAGAUUGUCAGGACUACCAACCUUCAGAAAAGAUAGGCGGUCGCCGUCGUGUAUCUCCUGGGAGGUGGUGGAAGCCACGUGCGCCUGCCUGCUGGCUCAGGGCGAAGAGGCCGAGAGGGAGCGCUGCUCCGAGCGCUUGGCGGAGCAGAGGGUCUUAGAGGAGUUCGGGAGAUGCUUGUCACAGAUUCUCCACACUGAGUUCAAGUCCAAAGGGUUGAACGUUGAGUAGACGACACUGUGGUGAGACGUAAACACGUGUAGACUGUGUCUCCACUUUCUGAAGGAACCUAUAGUUUAGACAGGUGGUUGUAAGGAACAGGAGGCCAGGUCUGUGUCCACAGCGUCGUCAUCAAGAUGAAGCCUCCCCCCUGCACAGGGCACGCACGCAGGGGGUUAACUCAGAGUCCCCGAGGGACGGGGCAAUCAAAACCCUCCCGCCUUUUUGAGGAAGCGCGUGACCUCACGGCUGUCUGGACCCGGGGGCGAGCAUGGGUCCCUGUGAUGCCGGGAGGACGGUCUGCAGCAACACUGAGUGAUGGCAGGUGGGAGCCGGGCCCUGCAGAGAACGCAAGCCCCUUCCGACUGACCUCAUCCUCUCCCGGGAACGUCCCUCCUCGGGAGACUUCUCUGCAUAAAAAGCCAUAAUGAGUUUUCCCCUAAAUUGUUUAGAAAUAAAUUCUCCAGACAGUCUGCGAAGACACCACUUAAAAUCUGUAGAGAAACUGCUGCGACCCUGGGGAGUUUCUGAGUGUCAGUGUUUCCCCAGAGGCACAGGGAUGACCAGCUUCCUCUGGGCCACCAGGAAACGCAGGCCAUUCCUCCUGUCAGUAGCAUUUUGAGUUGUGGGGCUGAAAAUUAUCUAGUUUCUUAUGUGUUUCCAUUUACAUGGUGAAAAGUUCUAUUAUCCAACUAACUUCUCCAUAAUUAUUGUUAUAAUAUUAUUACUGUUUAUAAAAUAUGUUAAAACAACUAGUUUGCAGAAGUCAGCAGGUAAGAUAAGUUAUUA